CGCAGCGGCGACAGAGUCAACAUCCGGCGACGCAGAGAUGCGCACGUUUCGGCGCUCGCCGAGAGAAAAGGGACGCCGCGACCGUGACUUCGGGACAUGAGAGCGACGAUGAAGCCCGCCAGCCUGCAAAUCAGCACUUGAGGAGCACUAAUUUCUAGUAGUACGAACAACAGAGGAUUCAGGCGGUUUACUUGAGUUUUACCUAGGAUCAAUCUUCGCUUCUAAAGUUCAUCCUGAAAUAAUCAAGAAGCUAUCCUUUCUAUCAGCGAGAUCAGGAGAUUGUUCGUUUAGUGGUUCCUAUUGUGGAUUCGUUAUCACUACUUCUAAGAGUGUUCCUUGUCCCCUUGCCUCGCCCUAAGAGGUUCUCGACGUCCAUAGUUUAGGACACGAGAGCCAUGUCAUCGGGCGCAGGUUCAAGUGGAACUGGCCGGGGGCGUGGUUCAUCGCUAGCAGACAAUAAGCCAGAAAGUAAGGAAGCGAAGCCAAAUCCAAAGAUGUCAAAAGCUUUAGGAACAUCUGCCAAGAGGAUACAGAAAGAAUUGGCAGAAAUAACGUUAGAUCCACCGCCAAAUUGCAGUGCUGGACCUAAGGGAGAUAAUUUAUAUGAAUGGGUGUCAACUAUACUUGGACCACCUGGUUCAGUUUAUGAAGGAGGAGUAUUCUUCUUAGAUAUACACUUUUCUCCGGAAUAUCCCUUUAAACCACCAAAGGUCACAUUCCGAACUCGCAUCUAUCAUUGUAAUAUAAACAGUCAAGGUGUUAUUUGUCUGGACAUACUAAAGGACAAUUGGUCACCCGCACUUACAAUUUCCAAGGUCUUACUGUCCAUUUGUUCACUUCUAACAGACUGCAAUCCAGCGGAUCCCCUAGUGGGGAGCAUAGCAACACAGUAUCUCCAGAAUAGAGAAGAACACGAUCGUAUAGCACGGCUUUGGACUAAACGUUACGCCACAUGAACAACUUUUUGAAAAAUCCUGCCCUUUUCAUUUCUUCGAAACGAAGAACGGCCACUUAAGGGAGCCCAUUUAACUAUACUGAAAUUUUGAUUAUUCGAAUCGAUAAAUUAUUUUUAAUAAAUUAAUUAAACGUUAGUUAAAUUCUCUCGGAUUAAUCGAAUGUUUAACUUAUCAAUAAACGAUUAAAUACAGAAGUGCACGAUUGCUUGAUCUUGAUCCGAAGAAAGAUAAAUAUAUUCGUUUACAUUGAACUUUAUGAAAGAUGAAUGAAAACUUUUUACAUAUAUUCGGUUGAUCGAUUAAGCGAUUAUGGGCGUUGCUUGGUGAAUCAUCUUUUAUGUAAAAGAGAUAAAGGAACAAAUUUUCAAGUAAAAUCGAUAAAGUAAGUUAAAAGUCAUCAAAAAUGUGCUAUUAUUCGAUGAUACGUACAAAUUUUUGUGUAUGUUUAAUUUGUUACAAAUGUUCAUUCGAAUAAUCAUGAUUCUGGUUCUCCGUACCUUCGAAAAACUUAUUGUAUGUAUAUGUAUAUCGAUCGAAGGACCGCUUUAAAUGAAAGACUCUUCAAGAUCGUCGAUUCGAUCAUUGUGAUGUGCUUUUAUAUCGAGUAUGUAAAUGUGCCUAAGAUGAAUGAAUGUGCGUACAUGUGCAACCAAACUCUCUUUCACUCUCUAACUCUUGAGACAAAAAUUCAUCGUCCAUCGUGUAUUCUUACGUACAUAUAGUUAAUUAGCGUUAUAAUCGAAAUGAUUACUUAAAUUUUUUUCAUCAUACAUUUUUUAUGACGAAUAAUUUCUUUUAAUUAUGAAUAUAUAUUCCUUCAAUUAUUUAAACAAAACAUACUAACGUAGAACAUUUUCCAAAUACAGAAAUAUUUCACUAGGAAGGUUAAGGAGCGAGAAUAAUCAAUUCGUGUCAAGUAAUUAUAAUAAGACAUUUUUGUUUAUAUUUCUAACAAAUAUGACUUAAGAGUGAAAGAGUGAAAGUGAGGGACCUCCGUUUUUUUGUCCUCCGUUUUGUUCAUUUGCUCGUUUUAAGAACUCGCGAUGAGAUAGUAUUUAAAAGGAUACGUCCAUCGAUAGUAUCGAAUAAUAGGUUAGGCAAUAUUAUGAACAAUACGAAUAAUUCGACUUGUAAGUAAUUACGCUGAUAGUUAUCUUAAGGGGCCCUAUUAAAUUUUUAGUUUUUCAUA